GCCACUCAACCUCUCCUUGAUACCUUGCCAACAAAUUUCCAUAAAAUGCCAUCAAAUUAUGAUUUCUCACACAAAGGAGUUAAUUGGAAAGAUUACGAGAAAGACUUCAUAUUGAGAACAGACGCUGUUUGGGAAAAAGAGUAACUAAAGGAUUGGUUUAGAUUAUAUACAAAGUGUGUUUAUUUUUAUACUACUGGAAAUAAAUAUUCUUUGAUGGAACCUGAUUAUAUUUAUAGAAUCUAUUCGAAGGAUGGGCACUUGAAGAUUGCUUAUUCCCAUUUAGAUGAACUACUCCUACUGGGAGAACAAAUUGUUUCCAAGUAGGAUUACCACAAAAACAAAAAGUUUAUGCGCCAUAUCCAACAUAUCAAUCACAAUAAGAUUACUUCACUUUAUACGCCCUUAGAUUUUAGAAAUGGUUUGAUUGCGAUUAAGCUGAACAUUUCAAAAUGGAUAAAACAGAAGCAGAUUACCUUAAGAGAGCUAAGGUUUAUCCUUGUUACGCAAUUUUUUAUGAAGCUGCAUAUGCUUGCACUGUAAUUCAUAUGUUUGAUUUCCUUAUGGAAUUAGAAUAUACUAGAAGAUCAAACAGAACGUUUGAAUAUAAUCACUUUCAACAUGAAAUGCGUAGACCUUCAACCAUUUAUGACUCUCUUAAAAUGCAGAAAGAGUUAAAAAGACAUAGUGAUUUAUUAUCAAAAUAAAACAAAAUAAUUAGAAAACUGUGUAAUUUUGGUUAAAAAACUCAACAGGAAAUAUGCCAAACAUAUUUUCUUUCUAUCGGGCUCGGAAAAUCAAAUUUAAUGAUCAUAAUUUACAUUGUUGGAUCUAUAAAUAAAUUCAUCAUCAUCUGCCUUAAGAUAUUUUUAUUUUGCUUUAAUAUAAUUAUAUUUUCUAAACAUUUUAUUCCAGAAUCAGUGAAUUAUGUACCUAAAUUGUUCUAAGGAAUAUUCAUACCUAUUUUACAAAUGUCAUUAUAUUCUACCAUCAGUCUAAAUUAGUGA